AUGAAGUCUCAACGCAUCGCUGUCGCAGGCGGAACUGGUAGGAUCGGAAAGCAUAUUGUCGAGGGCCUUCUCGAAAUCAAGCAACAGUAUUCGCUAGAAAUUAUCGUCCUCUCUCGUUCACGAUCUUCGGACAUCUCCUAUGCAGGAAAUAAUGCACCUAUUGUCCCUGUCGACUACCAGGACCAGUCCUCGAUGCGGAAAGUCCUGAAUGAUUUCCAGAUUGACACUGUCAUUUCUACCCUGUCUGGUACUACCCCCGACGCAUUCAUUACUUCACAGGAAAGUCUCCUUCGUGCCGCGUUAUCAGUACCCACCAUUCGUCGGUUCGCUCCUAGUGAAUUCGCUGUCAAUUCAGAGCAGGUACCUUCAAUCAAACUCUACCAGAUGAAAUUACCAAUCAUACAUUCACUUCGGCAAGUCAAGCAGGAGCGCACCGACUCCUUCGAAUACAGCCUUUUUAGUUGUGGUGUAUUCAUGAAUUACCUUGGGUAUGGGAACACUAAACCAGAGGGGCACAAGGCCCACGGACAUAUGCCUCACUUUCCGUACAUCUUCGAUCUAUCGAAACGUUCAGCAGACAUUCCCGGGGAUGGAGAAAAACAAAUUGUCUACACGCGUGCAGAAGAUGUAGGCAAAUUUGUUGCUGCGGCGACUCAGCUUGAGGCUUGGGAGGAAUACAGCGAAAUGGCUGGGGACGUGUUAACCAUGAAUGAAGUCCUCCGAUUGUGUGAGGAUGUAUGUACGGGCAAGUUUAACGUAAAAUACAAUUCGCGGGAGGAAAUUGCAGCGAGAUUGAGUCCUUCUCCCGAUAAAGUUAUGCAGAACUUUUUCGCGGAGUUCUUACUCGCUAUCAUGGACGGAGAUUGUGAUGUCAAAAGGCCUAUCAAUUUGAACAACUUGGUGGACGUGAGGCCUAUGGGAGUGCGAAAGUAUCUCGAACAGUGGUGGGGGUGA